AUGUGUUCUAUCAUCUGUGGCCGGGAACAUACGACUGACGAACUGUAUGACGUCAAAACCAGUGAACUUGCAGAGCUAAAGAGUUCCAAUGCUACUCUCUACCAAAGAGCUAAAACGGAUUUUAAUUUUCCGAGGAUUGUGAUAAAAGAUCCAGCCGGGAAAACUCUCGACACUCAUACCUCCCUACAGGAAGCGAUUUAUCGCGCCAAAUGGAACGUGCAAACGUCAGGAACGGCCAUUUUACCGGAAGAAUGGCGGCUUCCCAAAGCACCACUUCCGGCCCGCCCAGAUUUCACGAGAACCGGGCCGCUUUCGUCAAAGAAGAAGCAUGACUUGACCCCGCUUAUACACAAAGACAAAGCGAUGAAAACGGGUGGUGGUUACACAUUCUGGCAGAAAGACCGCCCCGUGAACAGUAAGAUUGAGAAGAGUAUGGACUUCUACCCCGUGACGAUACCCUCCGUUGAGCUCAGACAGCUACUGGAGGACACCACUUUGUCUGAUGCUGCCAAGAGGGCACUGAAGAAACGACUGACAGCCCAGUAUCCAUGGUUACAAGAUAUACCUUUUGACCACACCAUGCUAGACCGUCUCCGAUCCAUGGGUCUCUUGACUGAAGAUGGCCAGAUGUGGAAGGAGAAGGAGAAGGAGGAAGAUGAUGAGGGAAUCGUGUCGGGAGACCACGAAGACUCUGACCUGUACCGAGUGUCAAGGUCACGACUGGAAAACUGGAUAGCCCUCGAUGCAGUGGAUUCUGAACUGUCGGAGCGACGUAGCCGACGUAGUAAAGAGAAACGUUCAGUACAGGCCGACGUAAAAGGAAAAGACGAUGUUGAACAUACUGCUCAUCUUGAUAAGGAAGAUACCGAGGAUACAGAAAACCAAGAAAAGAAACCGAAGCUGUACAAUGCACCUACGCCCUUUAAACUGAAAGAAAAACAAAGAAGAAUAACUGUGUCCGAGUCGCCAUUUUCAACCAAUCGACAGUAUGACCUAUCAAAAGGCCCAGGCUUCCAGUUGAAGAAGAAUGAAAAACAGACGACCAAGUUUACUGAGUUCAACAGAUCGCAGACUGACUGGAAGGAACCAGACCGAUUUCAGGUGAAGAAGGCAGAGAGAAAGACAAUUAAUUUCUUUGUACCGAAAGCUGGCGACAAGAAGAAAGGUCGAAGAGAGAAAGACGAUUACGAUUAUGAUUAUGAAGCUCAUUACAAAAGAAACAGGAAAGAUUUAGAACAGCCCCUGUCUCCAGAUUCUGGUCUGGCAAGUGAGAUUGUUUCAGACUCUGUUAAAGGCUCUUCUCUAGACCGUGAUUCAACACUGCAUGGACUGUCUGCUACAGAUGUCCUCAAUCUACAGGUUGUUCCCAUUUACAAGUUGUAA